AUGGCGUGGCAGGGCAGGUUGGGUGUGGCAGGAUCGCAGAUGGCCGAGGAAGGGGACGGCGGUCCGUCCUUUGUACGUCCGUCUUUUUGUGACGGGAGGGCGGACAGGCUGCCUGGUGGACUUGGUAGGGCGGACAGACUGCCUGGUGGACUUGGUAGGGCGGACAGACUGCCUGGUGGACUUGGGAGGGCGGACAGGCUGCCUGGUGGACUUGGUAGGGCGGACAGACUGCCUGGUGGACUUGGGGACCCUACCCCUCUACCCUCACCCCUCUACCAUCACCCCUCUACCAUCACCCCUCUACCAUCACCCCUCUACCAUCACCCCUCUACCAUCACCCCUCUACCAUCACCCCUCUACCAUCACCCCUCUACCAUCACCCCUCUACCAUCACCCCUCUACCAUCACCCCUCUACCAUCACCCCUCUACCAUCACCCCUCUACCAUCACCCCUCUACCAUCACCCCUCUACCAUCACCCCUCUACCAUCACCCCUCUACCAUCACCCCUCUACCAUCACCCCUCUACCAUCACCCCUCUACCAUCACCCCUCUACCAUCACCCCUCUACCAUCACCCCUCUACCAUCACCCCUCUACCAUCACCCCUCUACCAUCACCCCUCUACCAUCACCCCUCUACCAUCACCCCUCUACCAUCACCCCUCUACCAUCACCCCUCUACCAUCACCCCUCUACCAUCACCCCUCUACCAUCACCCCUCUACCAUCACCCCUCUACCAUCACCCCUCUACCAUCACCCCUCUACCAUCACCCCUCUACCAUCACCCCUCUACCAUCACCCCUCUACCAUCACCCCUCUACCAUCACCCCUCUACCAUCACCCCUCUACCAUCACCCCUCUACCAUCACCCCUCUACCAUCACCCCUCUACCAUCACCCCUCUACCAUCACCCCUCUACCAUCACCCCUCUACCCUCACCCCUCUACCAUCACCCCUCUACCAUCAUCCUUCAACUCUCACAUCUCUACUACCCUCACCCCUCUUAUCCUCUACACCCCUCAUCCCUCAUAUACUUUCAUCCUUCACUCCCUCUACUCCUCCCUCCCCUCAUCCCUCCCCUCAUCCCUCUAUUCCCCCCUCACCCUUAUAGGAGUCAUUACGAGAGGAGUGAUCGUCAUGGACCACGGCACGGCACUGCCUCCAUUUCCCCCCGUGCAAGUAAUCAAGCAGGAGCUCUGUACUCUGGCUUCGGCGGCUGCCGGAGGAGCGACGAAAUGAUUAAAGCGGCACAGCGCAAGCUAAAUAAAGAUAAGGGGAGCAAAGACAGGCCGAGCAAAGACAGGCCGAACAAAGACAGGCCUAGCAAUGGCAGGCCGAGCAAAGACAGGAUGAACAAAGACAGGCCGAGCAAAGAGCAAAGACAGGAUGAACAAAGAUAG